GUGUUAUUUUUAGAAGCCUUUGUUAAUUGGUACAAACAAAACAGUUGAAAUAAUAAUUUCAUGUGUAGUUUCCUACUGAAAACUGCGCGAUCUCGCCGUUUCCUUGCACAUUUUCCUCGUUCGGAAAAUCCGAGGGUGCCGGAAACUUACACGUGCCCACCCUAUUGCCGUCUUUGUCGUGUCACCUGGCACAGUAUUCUCCAUUCGUGCGGAGGGUUUGUCCGGGAUGAAUCACCAAUUCCCAGGGUCUACAAAUUCUAAUGUUAUUGAUUGUCGAAAUGUUUGAAAAUAUCUCGUAAUUGUUGUAUCAAUCGCGUUCGUUUUGUUUACUUGGUUACCAAAACGAUUUAAUUAUGAGUUCGACGAUCACUUAAAACAAUCGGUGGUGGCUUAGUUGUGCGGUGCAGUGAAUAAAAAGUCAAUAAGGCAAGAUGUUUUAGAAGGGAUUUUAUGUGGGACUCGUUCGUGGGAUAAAAAACAGGGCAGCAUGGAUGGUUUAUGUAAAAAAUGGGUGAGGCAAGAGGACCUAGUUUGGAUGCAGUGAGGGCUUUACAUCAGACAGUUGUAGCACUUCGAGCCGCCUUAGAACAGAGUAAAACUGAAAUUUUAGAAUUAAAGAGUAAAGCUUGGCCAUCUGAUGCUAUUGAGGAAACAUUAAGAGCCUUGACUUUGGAGAAUCAUGUGCUGAGAAGAAAACUGUUGGAGAAAAACAGUGAACAUAUACAAGAGGAAGUUGUCAGAACUGUUCAAAAAGAACUAGUUAUUGAGAAUGUUCCACAGUUAAAAAAUGAGGAAGUUGGUCAAGAAAUAGUCACAGAACAGGUGAAACAUAAGAAAGUUACGAUUGUCUCACCUAAAGCAAGUCCAAAACAUAAACAUAAUAUUGAGACUAAAGUAUUGAUUAGAACUGAGAGUAGAAGCCCUAGGAAAAACUCCAGAUCCUUGGAAAGUCUCACAAUAUUAAAACCUCCAACUAGUUCUGGUAAACUAACAUUCUCUAAAACUGUAAGUUUCUCAAACAUAUCAUCAGUUACUAGAGAAUUAACUUAUUUCAACCACAACAAUAUGGACACUGACAAACAAGCCAACAAUGUUCAAAGUCCAACUAAUGAGGAUAAUGAAGAAGUAGAUGAUAUUGAAUUAAUUUUCACAACUGAUGACACAAAAGAACAAGACUUCAAAGAACAACUGGUUUCUAUAGAUGCUGGCGAAUCUAAUGUGGAACAAGCACAGUUGUUACAGUGUCCAGUUAGUGAGCUAGACUUAGAUGUUUCUGAUAGAGAAUUAGAUGAUGAUGUUUUUAAUGAUAAUUUUGAAAAUGAGAACCAAGAAAAUUCUAACUUUCAGUCAUUCGACUUGAAGCGAGAUAAUUCUCAAUUAUACAAUUCUAAAUCUGACAAUUCAAUUAAUCACGAGGAAAAGAGCCUGAAAAGUUACUAUUCCUAUCAAGAUUCCAGUUUUGAAAACAAAUCAUUAGAAAAAGACGAAAGCUUUGAUAGAUUUGAAGAAAAAGUUCGGAUCGUUGAGACUGACAUUUCCAAAUGUGGGAUUCAUGACGUUGAAUAUGUUGGCGGUAGAAGAAACACGUGUCCUAAUCCCAUUCAAUACAGGCCUCUACUUCACAGGGAGGCUUUGGCUAGAGGAAAGAAAGCCAGACCAAUUUUGACGCACUCAAACGCGGCUAGAAAAGAAUCAGGCGCCCAGACUGACAUUUCAGCCCUUCCUAGUUCCUCUUGGAGGUCAGAAAGCAGUUUGGCUAAUAAGGCCCGUAUGGGUGAGACCUUCACGACUCUACCUUCAAAAUUCCCAUUGCCUGGUUCUCGACUGCGACUUUCCGAAAAAACCGUAGAAGCACGUCGCGUUUUAUUAUCAGACAUCGGAUUCACAAGCAUGGUACCGGAAUUAUCAAGAUCCGCUGAUCAUUUAUGUCCGGACAAUCUCAAACCCCCGACUACAACAACUUACGGACAAUUCUUGCGCACCACCGACUUGUAUUCACCAGGAUACACCUCACAGAAGUUUACCUGGACGGCUGCAACCGCGACGCCAAGUGACGGCAGCCAAUCUCACUCGAGAUACAGCAGCAUGUUCCCAUUAUCGCCACCCGCACCUUCCAGAAGAUGUUCAGCACCCGUUUCCCCAUCCAGAAGGACCGUCUUGAAACAGGCCCCCUCCAAAGUGCGUUUCGCCAACGGUUCCCUUCCGGAGUUACGUAGCGACUGGACAUUAGGGGCGGACAGUGGCGAUUCCACCGAUAGUCUCGUCGAAGAAGCCGAGAAUUAUUUAAGAAGGUCUAUUGAUUGCAUCAUGACAGGACGCGACGUUCCAACUUACAGCGAAAACAAAAAAGGUGUUCCCAGAAGGGCAUCAGCUCCAGAACCAUCUGGAGACAACGUUCCGCCGCAAGGUUGGCAGCCGUUCUUGCCGAGAAUCCCUAGGGAUUUGAGACCAGAUCACUGGGUCAAAGUUAUAACUCAGGAAGGAAGGGUUAGAGGAGGAAGGGUCAGGUAUGUGGGUCCAGUGGCCUCGCAACCUGACCAGUUCGUUGGCGUUCAAUUGAGCACUCCGGACGGGUAUUGUGAUGGUAGUCACACUUCCAGGCGCUAUUUUCAAUGUGAGCCGUAUCAUGGAAUUUUUGUCCCGUUUAAGAAGGUGAUAAUGGGUUGGAGACCGUAGGGUUCCUCUAGUCGGUACUUAGCCUAAAAUGUGCCACAAAAUAAUACACAAACAGGUGCAGAACAUGCCAUUAAUCAUACUAUAUACGAUUAAAUCUCGUUGAAGUGCCUCUCUCUCUACUUUGAAUUAUUUCCCUGACUUUUGCCGUGGACUUUAUAGUUUGGCCUGUUUUGUACCUGGAUUGUUUUAAUUUAUUGUAUUUAAUAAACAAAAAAAAAAAAUGCAAAGGCUUAAUUAUAGAUUAACGUGACGCGGUGCGGGUUUACUUGUCCAUUUUCUGAGUUAAAUAUCGUUUACAAAGUUUACCAAAAAGGCUUCCUGGAACAGAUUAAACUCGUUUCGCUGGCGAUGGAUUUAAUUGUAGGAUUUUGCGGGAGUUUUUCUUCUAAAAAUGUCACCGACGUAAUUUAGUUUUCCGUCCAUUUUAAUUAGUUCAACUUUCUUAUUAAAAUUGCGUUUUAAGUCGGUGGUGUUUUUUGAGUCCUGCGAAUUGUUAUAUUACCAUUUAGAGAUAAUAUAUAUAAUGUUAAAGCAUUA